AGCCUGAGCCAGUUCAUGUCGGUGCAAACGGAGGCCGCCAGCUCCAACUCCUGCUGUGCUGGAACCGUCUCUGUGCAGCUGUCUCCGACCUCGCUGCCCUCUCUGCAGCUGAUCCCCGUUCCUGGCCCACCGAAACACGAGUUCUUUGUGGACAUGACCUGUGAAGGUUGCUCCAAUGCGGUCACCCGUGUCCUGCACAGGCUGGGAGGUGUCCAGUUUGAUAUUGACCUGCCCAACAAGAAGGUGUGCAUCAACUCUGAGCACAGCGUUGACACCCUGUUGGAAACCCUAAAGAAGACUGGAAAGAACGCUUCCUACCUUGGGGAGAAGUCUGCACAGUAGCCUUGCCCAGUGUGAGGAGGCUAGGAACUCAAACAUGACUUCAGCAAAAAGGUGGCUUAACUGUUUGCAUACCUCCCAACUUGCUCUGACAUUUGACCUUUACUACCCUGCCAGAUGUCGGGAAGCAGAGGGCUGGCAGGAAGAGACAGCUGCAUCUUGGGCUUUUAAAAACAGUGGAGAAAUCUAGAGGUUAUAUGCUGUUUCUAGCCCCACAGUAAAUCAAGGCGCUGCUUCUAUCUUUCAGUGCA